AUGGAUUUAUAUGACAAAAAUACUAAAAAAAGAAAAAGAAACUUCGAGCUUAUAAUAUCACCUGGAAAUGAAGAAGACGACGUAGAUUUAACUGAAAAAGAUAAAAAAAACAAAUUAAUAAUCAGCGAUGUCGAUUGCAAAAGUGUACCAUGUCAACAGAAGGACUCGCAAAUAAAAAAAGAGAGUGACGAGAAAAAUAGAUUUGCUCUAAAGGGGCAAAAGGCCGAUGAAGAAGAUGAUCAAGUGAAAGAAAUAAUCAACUUGGAUGGUGAUUAUGAUAAUUAUAAAUUAGAGGCAAAAAAAAAGAAACAAAUGGGAAAAAACGAACGAGCACCCAAUUUUCCAUUUACAACCGCGGAAAUAAAAUUAGAACACGCACAGGAAUUAAUUAAAAAAUGCUACGACGCGUGUAAUAGCAACAACAUGCCCAGAAAAAAUAAAAUGAUGAUAUUACAAAGUGGAAAAUUAACAAAAGUGGAAAAUAAGUGUAACCGCCUCAUGAAAGGAAAAAAAAAAAAAAAAAAAAAAUCCGCAGACCAUCUUUCGAACAAUAGCAUUUAUAAAAACAUAGAAGAAAUACCUGUGAUCCAAACAACAAUGGAAGAAUUAUCAAAUCCAAUUUUAUUUUUCGAAAAGUAUAAUUCCAUUGGACUAAAAUAUGGAGCAAUGAAGGUAAAACCACCCAAUUUUUUCGAACCACAAUUUAACUCGUACUACCUAAAUAUGAAAUUUAAUAUACGCAAACAGAAAAUCAACGAACUCAAACAUGGGAAGGAAUUUGAGCACCCUGAGGAGUACUGGUCCUUGUAUGAUGUGUACAAAUAUAACAAAAUGCUAGAGAAGAGGUACCUACCGGAAGAAAAAGCAAGCUUAGAAUAUAUCGAAAAGAAAUAUUGGGAAAUCAUCAACAAAGGGAAUGAGGAAGUCAUUUCUAUAUAUGGUGCCGAUUUGCCCGUAUCAAGGGAUCAUCCUACUUGCCUAUUUCAUAGAAACCUAAAAAGGCAUAAGGACUCAGGGAGGAAUGGCCAUGGUAGUGACAUUAGCGCUGCAAACGGGACCAGAUGUAGCAGUACCAAGAGUGGGACCACUGAAUCGUCGUGUGAGUCGAGCAUCGAUUAUCUGAAAAGGGGAGAAGAAGGGAACGAUGUUUUAUUCUAUAAGGGUGAGUGCAAAUAUGCAAUGUGUAAAAACCCUAAGAGCGCGAAUGUGUCAUCAUCUGUGCAUAAACUGAAUAAUGACAUGAGCCUUUCGCAUCCGUUGGGGAAUAGAGGUAAAAAAAGUACAAGCAAUUGCUUUAAUAGUCACAGCUCUAAUGGGGACAGUGCCAAUGACCAAUGUAACAGUGAAUGUGCAAAUGCUGACUACAACAAUGACAGUGCAAAUAAAGAAGAGAUAGUUAGUGGGCAUAAAGAGGAUAUAAUAGAUGUAAUUAACAUUUCUGAUCCAGAAAAUGUCAUGAAGGACGAGAACUAUGUGGAUAAUAGAGAGCACGGAAUAAAGAAUAGCGAGGAUGACAUUCUUUUCGGGAGCGAUCGAAAAAAGGAUCACUGUGAUCAUUUAAGGCAUAGUAUCAAUGGAGUCGCUAUUGAUAGAACCCCCCCCAUUUGUGCAAGUGGUAUAAACAAAAUUGCUAGCACUGAAGGAGGUGUGCACCAAGGCACCAGUGGUAAAAAUGAUUGGAGUGAAGGCACCUCCUAUGCAGGGGCGAAAAAUUGUCAUAAUUGCAGUGAAACAUAUGCAAGAGACGUAAAGCGCGAUGAAGUGUUUAUGAAGCAGAGAGAAAAGUACUACUCCGAAAUAAAUAAUGUAAUUAAAAACAUAAAUGAAAAUAUGAAUAUAAAAUCAUUGCCCUUUAUAAAAGGAUCGAUGCUACGAAAUGUAGAUGUAUCGAUCGAGGGGGUUAACAUUCCAUGGUUAUAUGUCGGAACGCUCUUUUCCUCCUUCUGUUGGCACACAGAAGAUAAUUAUUUCGCUUCUAUAAAUUAUCAGCAUUGGGGGGAACCCAAAAUAUGGUACGUCAUACCACCUCUAUACAGUGACAAGGUCGAAGAUGUUAUUUAUGAAUACUUAAAAGGGAGCAGUAAUCAAGAUGAUGUGUUGAUGGAAGGUGCCAAAGGAAAAAUGAAAAAAAAGAAGCGCAGAAAUUUAUUCAAUAAUUCCAAUUUAAAAAAAAAACUCAAAGAAGAGAGCUCUAUUGUACAAAUUAUAAGAAGUGAGCAAAGGCUAAAAAAUUUGCGCAUUUCAAAAAAUAACCCGAAAUUAACCUCUACGAAUCGUAUUACCGCUGGAAGUACGAGCACCUCCAAUGCUGUAAUGGCUAGCACUAGCGCGACUUCAACUACUAUGGCUAGAAAUAGCCACAGCAGCAGUAGCAGUACUAGCAGUAGUACGACCACGAGCGCUAGCCAUAAAAGAAUGGAAGAUAAUUUACUCCUUAUAGAUGUGGAUAUAAAUAAUGCACAUUUGAUAUACAGAAAAUCAUAUUUGAAUUACAAAAUUGUGGAUAGAAAUGAAAUUAAUUUUAAAAAGGGCAAUCAUAAAAAUAAAAUUUACAAAUUAACCAUUCAAGUUCCAAUUGAGGUUUUUCUUAAAAAUAACAUUCCCGUUUAUAAAAAUAUUCAAAGAAAAAAUGAAUUCAUUUUCCUAUGGCCUAAAACCUUUCAUGGAGGUUUUAAUUCAGGCUAUAACUGUAAUGAAGCUUGCAAUAUUGCCCCUACAUUUUGGCUAUUUUAUGGCCUACAGUCAUAUUACAAUUACAAAUAUUUUAGAAACACUUGUAUAUCCAUCCAUUUGAUUUUAUUUUCAAAUUUACUCCAUUAUCAAGAAUAUACCUUUAGUCAACUCAAGCAUAUUAUAUACUCCUUGCGUUAUAUACUAACUGAUGAGUACAAAUUUUUUAAGGAAAGUAAAACGUUAUUUAUAGAGUUCACGCUAAAUCGCGAUGCACUUUUAAAUAAUAAGCUUAUAAAUUAUUCAAAACACUUAGGGCUAGAUUUGAAUAAAAUGUACGCGAAUUUCGAAUGCCACAAAAAUAAGCCCUUCUUUUUCCAAAAUAUUAAGAGUAAAUUGGAAUUUUUUUACAAGGAUUGCGAUGCCUGUAAUGCCCCCACCUUCAACAGUUCAAUUAUAUGUCCCCACUCUAAUGACAUUCUAUGUAUUCAUUGCUCCGAAGAACAUAGCUGUAAAUGCAAAUUAAAGGUUGCAUUAAAAAGAUAUACGCUUCUAGAAAUGAUGAAAAUUUUGACCCUCCUAGUUCACUAUGCUAAUAAAAUUAAAGCGCAUGGUGAAAAGGAUGUGCAAAUUGACGACAUUCCUGAUUACAAUUCUUUGAAAAUUUUUGAAGACAAGAACUCAAUUAAAAUAUAUAACUUAAUUCGAGAGACAAGAAGGAUAGAUCUCGAGAGGAGAUCCAAAACGACAAAUUAUAGAGACCUAGAAAAUUACUGCUUAGAAAAAUUAAACAACAAUAGCAAGGAGAAAAACAAGAGGGAAAAGGCAAAGAAUGAAAAGAAUAUUGUGUUGGAUGAUUACUACACAAGUUCAAACCAUUUUAAGACCAAGUUGACCUUGAAAUAUUUUCUUCUAACAUACGAAGAAGAGAUGGAAGAUAAUCCUUUGAAAAUUUUACCAAAACUUCUAGUUUAA